CUGUGGGCCGGCCUUUGGUGAGAGUCCUCUGGGCGGGAUCUCCCGGGAGCGGGCGGCUCCGGGGCGCACGCGGAGUUCCCAGGACUCACCGCUGCACAGACCCGGUUCUUUAUGGUCGGUCCUGCCCGGGUCUCGCGAGAACGCGGCGGCAGGUCUCGCGAUACGCGGGCGCGGGCGCAGAGGAGGGAGAUCUGAGCGGCGGCGGCGAGCGGCCAGGACUGAUAAGCAAAGUGGCCAUGGACGACUUGGGGGAAAACACCACCGUGCUGUCCACCCUGAGGUCUUUGAACAACUUCAUUUCUCAGCGGGUGGAGGCAGGGUCUGGACUGGAUGCUUCCACCUCUGCCCCAGGUUCUCUGCAGAUGCAGUACCAGCAGAGCAUGCAGCUGGAGGAACGAGCAGAGCGGAUCCGCUCCAAGUCCCAGGUGGUCCAGGUGGAGCGGGAGAAGAUGCAGAUGGAGCUGAGCCACAAGAGAGCACGAGUGGAGCUGGAGCGGGCGGCCAGCACCAGUGCCCGGCGAUAUGAGCGCGAGGUGGAUCGCAACCAGGAGCUCCUGACGCGCGUCCGGCAGCUGCAGGAGCGGGAGGCCGAGGCGGAGGAGAAGAUGAAGGAGCAGUUGGAGCGCCACCGACUGUGUAAGCAGAGCCUGGAUGCCGCGGGCCGGAAGCUGCGGGAGAAGGAGGAUGGCUUGGCCGCGGCCGGCGAGACCAUCAGCGCGCUGAAGGGGAGGGUCUCCGAGUUGCAGUGGAGCGUGAUGAACCAGGAGAUGCAGGUGAAGAGCCUGGAGUCUGAGAAGCAGGAGCUCAAGGAGCAGUUGGCCUUGCAGCACAAGAAAUGUCAGGAGGCUAAUCAGAAGGUUCAGGAGCUCCAGGCCAGCCAGGAAGCGAGGGCCGACCAGGAGCAGAGGAUCAGAGAUCUGGAGCAGAAGCUGUCCCUGCAGGAACAGGAUGCUGCGGUCGUGAAGAACAUGAAGUCGGAGCUGGCGCGGCUGCCCAAGAUGGAGAGGGAGCUGAAGCAGCUGCGGGAGGAGAGCGCGUACCUGCGGGAGAUGCGAGAAAGCAACGGGCUUCUCAGGGAGGAGCUGGACGGGCUGCGGCGGCGGCUGGGGCGCCAGGAGAAGAUGCAGGAGAAUCUGGUCGUCCUGGAGCUGGAGAAGGAGAGGCUGUUGGCCAAGCUGCAGAGCUGGGAGCAGCUGGAGCAGACCAUGGCCUUGAGCAUCAGGUGCCAGGGGUCCAGGCUCCAGGUCAGCGGCCCACGUGGAGAGGACCCAGCACGUGGCGUGCACAGGACCCCGGAAGACCUUUCCAGGUUCAUUGUUGACCUGCAGCAGCGAGAACUGGCCUUGCAGGAGAGGAACAACACCAUCACCAGCAGCGCCCGCGUGCUGGAGAAGGCCCGGCAGCAGCUCCAGGAGGAGGUCCGGCAGGUCAGCAGCCAGCUGCUGGAGGAGAGGAAGAAGCGGGAGAUGCAGGAGGCCCUGGCGCGGAGACUGCAGAAGCGGGUCCUGCUGCUGACCAAGGAGCGGGACGGAAUGCGCGCCAUCCUGGGUUCCUACGACAGCGAGCUGACCGCGGCCGAGUACUCGCCCCAGCUGACACGUCGCAUGCGUGAGGCCGAGGACAUGGUGCAGAAGGUGCACGCACACAGCUCAGAGAUGGAGGCUCAGCUGUCACAGGCCCUGGAGGAGCUGGGAGGCCAGAAGCAGAGAGCGGACAUGCUGGAGAUGGAGGUGAAGAUGUUGCAGUCUCAGUCCAGCGCCGCUGAGCAGAGCUUCCCACUGUCCAGGGAGGAGGCGAGCUCACUCAGGUUGAAGAUUGAGGAGCUGGAAGGGGAGCGCAGUCGUCUGGAAGAAGACAAGAAGACGCUGGAAAUGCAGCUCGAGCGGUUUACCCUGCAGGGCAGCUACGACCAGAGCAGAACCAAAGUGCUGCACAUGAGCAUGAACCCGGCCAGCGCAGCCAAGCAGCGGCUCCGUGAGGACCAGGCCCAACUGCAGGAGGAGUGCAAGCAGCUGCGGGAGCUCGUGCACGCCCUGGAGCGAGGUGGCCCCAUCCCUGCCGACCUGGAGGCCGUCGCGAGUCUGCCUUCGUCCAAGGAGCUGACAGAGCUGAGGAAGCAGGUGGAGAGCGCUGAGCUGAAGAACCAGCGGCUCAAGGAGGUCUUUCAAACCAAGAUCCAGGAGUUCCGCAAAGUCUGCUACGCGCUCACGGGCUACCAGAUCGACAUCACGACGGAGAACCAGUACCGGCUGACGUCCAUGUACGCGGAGCACAAAGCUGACUGCCUCAUCUUCAAGGCCACGGGACCCUCGGGCACCAAGAUGCAGCUGCUGGAGACGGCGUUCUCGCACACGGUGCAGGAGCUCAUCGAGCUGCACCUGCUGCGGCAGGACAGCAUCCCGGCCUUCCUCAGCGCUCUCACCCUCGACCUCUUCAGCCGCCAGACCGUGGCCUAGCCUGCAGCCCAGCCGUGUGCCCGGCGGCGGCCAUCACCUCAGCUGCACGGUGGAAGUGGGCAGCCGCCCCCCACACACCCAGCCCAGCCUCAGCCCAGGACCCUGUGAGCGCACCUGCAGCCAGCGGGGGCCGCACUGCCCGGGGACUGCCUGCUGUGCAGGGAAGGGGCACCACCCUCCUCCUUCCCCAGGACAUUGCUCGGUGCUGCUACUCAGAGCCGAGACCUGGGGCAGUGCUGUUGGGGCCCGCUUCCAGGCCCCUCCCCAGAGUGUACCCCCACCCGCGUGCCACUCAAACCCAGCCAUGUUGGGGGGCUGCCAGCUGACAUCCCUGCUCCUAAUGAAAUACAUUUUGCUGCUUGGCCA